AUGGCUUAUAAAUAUAGUACUUCAACUCAUAGAAUAUAUGAAAUUUGGAAAAGACAUGCUGAAGGAAUACCCUUGUGCAAACAGCAACUAAUACAUAGUGUUGUUUCUUCUGAAAUAAUGUCUGAAAAUAAUACUUCAGAUAAGAAGUCAAAGAAAAGAAAACCAGGAUCCGGUUCCAGAUCUGUUCAAAUAUCUGAUUCAGUCAAUAUUCCAAUAAAAAAAGUAGAUGAAAUGGAUGACCUACAAGCUAGGAUUGCACAAAAUCACAAAGAAAGGGAAGAAGCUAAACGUGAGACGAAAAGAGUCUUAGAUUCCAACUAA